AUGACGUUUGCAAAUGUUGAAGAUGCAAACAAAGUUCUAGAAGACGGUCCUUACAUCAUUGAGAUGACUGCUCAACCAUGGACGACUGGUUUUGAUCAGGAAAAACAAAAAGCUUCGUCGACACUUGUUUGGGUUCAAUAUCCAGGCUUGAGGCAAGAAUAUUGGACGGAAAAAAUUCUGAUAGGUAUGUCAGCAACUCUUGGUAAACCUGUCAAAGUUGAUGAACUAACUUUGAAAAAGACGUUUGGUUAUUAUGCAUCAGUUUUAGUUGAGAUCGAUUUUUCAAAACCGAUUGAUAAAACUGUUUACGUUCAAUCAAGUUGGGAUCCUGAGGGUUAUGCACAGGUGGUCGAAAUUCCAAAACAUCCUGGGUUUUGCGAGCACUGCAAGGUUUUAGGUCAUUCUAUUGAUCAAUGUAAAGCUAAAUCACGGGUUGUAGCUGAAAAAAUUGUUGCUACUAAGUCAGGUAAUGUAGCAGAUAAUAAUUUUAGAAACCGUAGAAGAGGUAACAGGAAGAGAGACUUUGUUCCUCCAACAACUGAAGAAGUCAACAACAAUAAUAAAUUGUUACAGGCGAGAAGACAAUCUGUAUUUGAAUUAGCUAAGGGUAAAAAAACUAAAUUCAGUGACAACGGUGCUGAAAAUUUGGGUAACGUAUACACUGGGAAGUUUGAUGUUCUUAAAAAUAUGGACGGAACUGAGGCAGAUAAUGUGAUGGGCGACAACCAAGAAGGUGAGGGUGAAGAAGUGGAAAAUGUUUAUGAUGAGUCAUCUAAAGAUGUAGGGGAUAAACCUAUAACUCCUGAAGUUGAUAUCAGUAGUCAGCAAUCGAGAAUAAUCCCGCCGGUUCUUGGAGCUGAUGGAGUUGUUGUUAAUGAAACCAUACCUGAAACUAUUGUAUCAGAGAGCAGUACCUCAGUCAUCGCCCCUACUACUCAAAACUCAGUAAUAGUAGUUGAUGAUCCCACUAUUAUUGAAAUUAUAUAG